AUGCCCAAAACAAGGAAACAGAAGCUCAAGGUCAAGGAUUUCCAGAAGAAGAAGCUGAAAGUGGGUAAAGAUAAGCCCAAAGCUAGUAAUGCUACAGAUACAUCUUUCGUCUCCAAGACUAUCUCGAUCAGGAACCAGCAUUUGGGACCUGAGACCGAUUUGACAAAGAGGAUCCAGCUUCUGAAGCACCAUAAUUCGACUGUAAAGAAAGAAACUCUUCAAGCAUUCCAAAAGAUGGUACCGCGAAUCAUCAAUACCAGCAUCAUGACUCCAUUACUCAACCAAUGUAUACCAUUAAUUUGUGAUGACUCGAGGCAGGUCCGUUCCUCCUUGAUAGAACUUGUGGAUGAAAUAGGGUUGCAUGAUGCGCAAGUGCUGAAGCUUCAUUGCAAAGUGUUUGUACUAUACAUUAACAUGGCGAUGACACACAUCAUGCCAUCCAUCCAGAGCAGCUCUACUAGUUUUCUCAAGUGUUUGUUGAAGCACUGUGGUGAUGAAAUCUGUAAUCAGGCAUUUGCCAAGAUAAUGUUGGGUUUAUUUAACGUCCUCGGUUGGGGUCGCUCAGGUAAGAAUCUAAGUGCUAAUGCUGCUCAGAAUCAGAAGCGGAACUCGAAGCAAACUGCAGAGCAUUUAGAGACCCUUUGUGAGCUGAUAAGGCAUGGUUGUACAGACAAGAAAAAUCUACAAAGCGAUGGAAAUGAGGAAAUACCCAACUAUUUACCAAAUCAACAUCUCAUUCCAGAUUGUCCGCAACCCUAUGAGCACUUGAAGCUAUUUACGAAACAACUUAAAAAUAAGCAAGAUGUGACAAGUGCUGAUUCCGUAGUAUCGGGAUUCUCUACGCAAGAUGUCAGAGCUCGCCAACUCAUAUUAAAGGAACAGUUUCUCCUGGAUUUGUUGAAACAUUCCGAAUCACUUACCAAAGAGGGUGGUGAACCAGGUAAAUGGGCUAACGCCCUUAAGCAGUUGCUGGACUCUACUUUUCAGGACGUAUAA